UAAAAAAAAAACCACCUUAAUAAAUUUUAAUAACCACUAUUUUAACUAUUAAUCAUAAUUUAAAGUAACUUGAAGACACUUAUUUGACCACUUUGAUAGUUCAGUAUGACGCUGUGAACCUAACCUCAAAUCCGUCUUUCACAGCGAAUCACCACCGGCAGAAAAUAAUUCCACAGGAAAUAACGGCGUAUCGAGAAGAACGUCGUGAAUGAAUUUCGAAUUUUUUCGUAGACAAGUCUAAAUACAUACGAGCCUGCGCAACGAGACUUUAUCCGAAGAUUCGCCACGAGAGGCGCGGCGUCGCGGCGCUCGCAUGUGCCGCAGAUUAUGCCGCAUUGCCACAAGCGUACAGCACCGGUCGGCCGACGAUCGCAUCGUCGUCGGGACGAGGUUCGAAAACGAAACGAAUGAGUCGAUCGUGAAGGGAUUAAAAAAAAAGCAGGGCGUCGUCACGAUGCGCCGUCGCGGACGUCGACGACGAUCUAAUUUAUGAGAAGACCAAAGGGAAACAUCGACAAAAUCUGUGGAGUUCGGAAGAACGACUGUGUAAAUACUCGUCUACUCACCCGAGGUAACUGAAGUCCGCAAGAUCAUGAACGUCCGAAGAUUGCCCGGUUUCAUGUACCACUACAAGGUGGUCACGUUCUUCUUGUUCUCAAUUUUCAUCCUCGUCAUCUACUUGCUACUCCACUGGGGUAUUAUGUGCACGAAUCUCGAGGCUUGGCGUCACGUAUCCAACGUGUGUAGCACGCACCGAAAAGGGACUGCAUUAGGAAUUUUGUGCGAACCAUUGUGCGCAGAAAGAGGAAUUCACUCGCUCGCCUGCGAAACACUCCAUGCAGGAAAAGAAGCUGUCUUUUCUGCCCACUGGGAGACAACUCGACUCAUGUUCAAGGCUUCAAGAACGAAGGCCCCAUCAGACCAGUUCGAGUCGCUGUUCUGGACGGACGUGUCCGGCAUGAAGCACUUCCCGUCUGAAACGGACUUCAGUACUAUGAUCAAAGAUCUAGUUGUUAGCAAGUUGAACGUGACAUUGUCGCAACAUCAGUUGGAGAGGCUAAUGCGACUUCGCACGCAUCGCGUCGAGACUGAGACCACAAGGCGACAGCUCGAGAUGGAAAACUUAUGGCCGCUGUUGCAGGAAAACGAGUAUCUGAUGAGCAUCCUCUACGAAGACAGGGACAUUUUUCCUCAACUGAUUGGCACAUGCGGAACGUUUUACGCAGUCGAAUAUGUCAGGCCUAUAGAAACACCCACAACGGUACUAGCAUUGUCCGAUUCGAAACCGGAAUGGGCAAAACGGUUAAAGCUCGCCGUCAUGAUCCUUGAUUUGCUCGAGGAACUCGAUACUAACUUUCCUGAGCCGAUUCAUUUAUGCGACGUGAAGAUAAACCAUUUUGGCCUGCCCCUUGGCGGACAGAAACUGAAAUUCCUCGACCUGGAUGCCGUGUUUCCUAGAACUAUUAUCAACCGUAUUACGGCAGACAGGAAGAGCUGCGAGAAACACGAGGACUGCGACUUCUUCGAUUGUCGGUCGUUUUGUUCGAAGAACAAGCGCUGUGAGUCGCCGGUCGCCAAUAAUAAUUUACAGAUUGUAUGCGAAAAAAUAUUCCUCGGCUGGACUCUUUCGGGGACUAUCAUAAUUCCUGGACUACUUAUGUCAGAGCACACCACCAGCACAUUGGCAGUACUUUUACGGCAAUGCGCAAAUCCAGCCGGUGAUAUCGAACAUCUACCACGUGCCGCAGUAUCGGAUAAUGUAAAAACUCGGUUAUACAAUAUGCUACACGAAAUGGAACAGGAAGUCGCUGCUUCCGUGUAAAUAUUUUAGAGUACAAAGAAAUUAUGAAAAUCUAGGAAAUAUUAAAAUACAAGCAAAUUUACUGGAAUCUUAUUACAAAAUGGUAUCAGUAGAUGAAAGCAUUGGAAACAAAUCAUGAUCGUUUAUGAUUUUAUUUCGCGUCAAAUUUGCAGUUCUUUUAAUGCACAUUCGUUAGAUCGAUUUAAAAAUAAAUAUUUAAUACGGUGUAAGUCAACAGUUUUGACAUACUCUAUUUUUUAAAUCAAACGUUAUUGAUUCGUCAGUAAAACGAUGUUGAACUUUCGACUAAUUUCUACUGUCAAAUAAU